AUGAGUGUGUGUGGAGAUGGCAAACGGAGUAAGGAUGAGCAAUGUGACGAUAGAAAUUUAAAUGAUGGCGAUGGUUGUUCGCAGAAUUGUCUCGCUGAGGAGAAAUUUCACUGUGUUAAGGAUAACAAAUUGUCCUCGAGUGUGUGUUAUAUUUACGAAGGAGACGGCGAAUGUGAGCCGUUUGAAUGGGAUGGUUAUAAUAAAGAUUGCAAUAAUAUCACUGCUUCAACACUUCAUUCACAGUACUAUCCAGCAUCGAUCUAUGCAUAUUCCACUAUACUGCAGAAGAACUGCUCGUUGCAGUUCCUUUCCUGUGCUACCUUAACUACAAUUGUUCUGUCAACUGAAUCAAAGCCAGUGUUGUCCAUUAUUGGAUUCAAUUUGCAAUAUGCCAACAAAACGACGAUAAGUAUGGAAGAACAAGGAAUUCUGUCGUGUGCUCAGAAUCCUUUGGAGAUUGCAAUACCGUAUACACUUGUUGACCGACUGUCAAACGUCAAAGCCAUCCAUCUUCAUGUGUCAAAUGCAUCUCGAAUUAUUGUCACUGCAGUCAUUCUGCAAUCAUCCAAGAUGUUCAACUUGUUGGCUCUUCAAAAUUGUGCAGUUGAAAACAAGUACUUCGAUCCGGUGAGUGCUUCUUGUGCUGCAAAAGAUUGCAGGUCAUUAAGUAUUGGUUCACGUACUCCAUUAAAUAUCCCAAGAUCAUGGGUUAGAUUUUAUUUUGUGUUCUUAAUCCUUUCAAGUAUUGCCAAUAACUAA